UGUUUAUAUUAUUUAAAAAAAAAAAAAACUAGAUUUCCGAUAGUGUGCUACAUUCCUACCUCGAACGGAAACAAACCCUAACCUCGACAAUGGUGGUGAUGACGCGGAGUCGACGGCGCAAGAUGGCGGAAGCAACCGUGGAGUCACCGACUACGAUUCUCCCGGAGGAAGUGAUGAUUGAAAUCCUUUAUAGGGUUGAAUUGAACAGUACUCUGCAAUUGAGGUGUGUUUGCAAAUUGUGGAAAUCGCUGGUUCAUGAUUCUCAAUUCGUGAAGAAUCACCUUUUCAAAUUGCUCAAUGAUAUCACCGUUCUUUUUUCUAAGACCGCGGAACAGUUCAAUGCUUUCAAAUCACAGCAUCUUAUAAAUAACCCGGUCGUGCCUCAAGAACAAGAACAAGAACAAGUGGUUGAUGAAGAUGGCGAAGAUGCAGCACAAGAAGAUGACAAUGCUGCUGCCGAAGAAGGCGAUGCUGCUGAUGAAGAAGAAGAAGAAGAUGAGAAACAUUGGUUAAUGACUGCACUUGCUAAGUUGGAUGGUGUUUUGGUAAAUGUUCAGUCUCUCAAAGGGGAUUUCAAAUUUAUCAACCUUGAUACGCAAAUACAAGCUGUGGAGGAUAGAAUGAAGUGUCUCCGAGGCUUUAUUCGAAUUUAUCUCAAGUCAGAAAUAUCUUCAUCCUCAUAGUUCUGAUUUUGUCUUUUAUUGUCUUUUGGAAUGUUGCUACUGAUUUCUAGAUUAUCUUGUAUGGUUGCAUGUUUUUGCUUCAAUUCAAUAUGAAACAACAGUUAAGAGUAGAUAUUAAUUGAUGAUUUUUUAAUGGAUUAGUUAGUUGAAUUUGAACAA